AGGAAAUGGCGAUAAGGCCCAUGUUUGACCAAAAGAACCCUAAUUUCAAGUGAGAAUACCAACUCUACCCUCUUGUCUCUCUCCGUUUCUGGUUUCUGCCAUUGGAUCUCACUCUCUCUCUCUCUUUCAACACCUUCUUCUUCCUCCUCCUCCUCGCAUUUUCAGAAAGGAUUAGAGUAUUAAUCAUGGUUCAGAUUGGAAUACUAAUUGCAGACUAUUGAAUGUGAUAGAGAAAAUGGUGCUGUUACUAAUUUAUUACAGGUUUGAGUUCUUGACUAUUACUGCAUACAAGUUUAAACCUUAAAACAGUUAACUCUAUGGAGGACCACAAUUUUGUUGUUGGUCAAGAAUUCCCCGAUGUCAAGACAUUUCGGAAUGCUAUUAAAGAAGCUGCUAUUGCGCAACAUUUUGAACUUCGUAUUAUCAAAAGCGACUUGAUUCGAUACUUUGCUAGAUGUGCCUCUGAGGGAUGUCCGUGGCGGAUUCGUGCUGUUAAGCUCCCCAAUGCCCCGACAUUUACUAUAAGAAGUCUUGAAGGGACGCAUACUUGUGGAAGAAAUGCGCUCAAUGGCCACCACCAGGCUUCUGUGGAUUGGAUUGUGAGUUUUAUAGAAGAAAGGUUACGAGAUAACAUCAAUUAUAAACCAAAAGAUAUUUUACAUGACAUCCAUAAGCAAUAUGGUAUAACGAUACCGUAUAAGCAAGCUUGGCGUGCCAAGGAACGGGGCCUUGCGGCAAUAUAUGGCUCUUCUGAAGAAGGAUUUUAUCUACUUCCUUCAUAUUGUGAAGAAAUAAAGAAAACAAAUCCUGGAAGUGUUGCAGAGGUGUUUACCACUUGUGGAGAUAACCGUUUUCAGAGACUUUUUGUUUCCUUUUAUGCAUCAAUUCAUGGUUUUGUUAAUGGUUGUUUGCCCGUUGUUGCUCUCGGGGGAAUUCAGCUGAAAAGCAAAUACCUUAGCACAUUCCUAUCAGCGACUUCUUUUGAUGCGGAUGGUGGGUUGUUUCCACUUGCUUUCGCCGUUGUCGAUGUAGAAAAUGAUGAAAGCUGGACAUGGUUCCUGUCUGAGUUGCAUAAGGCACUAGAGGUGAAUAUUGAAUGCAUGCUUAAGAUUAUAUUUUUAUCAGAUGGGCAUAAGGGUAUUGUGGAUGCAAUAAGAAGGAAGUUUCCGAAAUCUUCGCAUGCAUUCUGCAUGCGUUACUUAAGCGAAAGCAUUGGCAAAGAAUUCAAGAACUCUAGGCUUAUCCAUCUUCUAUGGAAGGCUGCAUAUGCUACUACGACUAUUGCAUUCAAAGAAAAAAUGGCGGAAAUAGAAGAGCUCUCUCCCGAAGCCGCCAAGUGGUUACAGCAAUUUCAUCCUUCCCAAUGGGCUCUAGCAUAUUUCGAAGGUACGAGAUACGGUCAUUUGUCCUCUAAUAUUGAAGAGUUCAAUAAAUGGGUUCUUGAAGCCCGGGAGUUGCCAAUUAUCCAAGUGAUCGAGCGGAUUCAUAGCAAACUUAAAACUGAGUUUGAUGACCGGUGUUUGAAAAGCGGUUCAUGGUGUUCUGUACUUGCUCCAUCUGCCGAGAGGCGAAUGGUCGAAGCCAUUAAUCAUGCAUCCACCUAUCAAGUCCUUAGAUCAGACGAGGUAGAGUUUGAGGUUAUUUCAGCUGAUCGAUCUGAUAUUGUAAAUAUUGGCAGUCAUAGCUGUUCCUGCCGUGAUUGGCAGCUAUAUGGGAUACCUUGUUCCCACGCCGUUGCUGCUCUUAUCUCAUGUCGUAAGGAUGUCUACGCAUAUACGGCAAAGUGUUUUACUGCUGCAAGUUACAGGGAUACUUAUGCAGAGGUGUUACAUCCCAUCCCUGGAAAAAUUGAAUGGAGGAAAACAGAUGAAUCUUGCUUGGAUAAUGAUAUCGUAGUUGUGCGGCCGCCAAAAUUUCGCCGACCUCCAGGGCGACCGGAAAAGAAACGGAUUUGUGUGGAGGACAAUAAUCGCGACAAACAUACAGUGCAUUGUAGUCGAUGUAAUCAAACCGGACAUUACAAGACUACAUGCAAAGCAGAGAUGAUUAGUAGUAUACAACAGUUUUAGGUGUCUGAUUUUGUACUAUGUAGUAGUUUAACUUAAGAUCUAGUCUCUAAAGAACUCAUGUUUAGGCCACACAUGUCAUUAAGACCAUGUAAGAUAGUAUAAAUCACCCUUAAAUCCGUUUGUGUAAUGAAGAGUGUUUGAACUUUGAAGCGUGGAUUUAGCAAGGUUGAAAACUAAUCAUACCACGCAAUGCAUGUAUUGAAUGUCAUUAUGUAAAUUGGAUAAUCUUCAAUUUAUGUGAUUCCUGAGACUAAUUAUAAUCAAAACUUGUCCAACAA